AUGAACAUUCUCACGACCGAGCUUGCCGAGUUUACCUAUGCACAGAUCCUCGAUGGACUCCCCACUCAACAAGCCAUUUUCGACUCCUGCCAGUGGAUUCACGACCACCCCACUUGCCAACUAAAACAUGAGAAGCUAUGCGACGGUUUCCUCGAAAAAGCCCGCGAAUUCCGAUCUCACUUCGACCCUUCAACCUUGGUCUUUGGUAAAGAUGUACUGGCUGCAUUCCAGAAAUCCCAGCCUGGCUCCAAGGAGUUCAAUCUGCGACUUAUUGAGCUUGUCGUUGUUGCUUGCCAUCAGAUUGGUGCUUCUCUCUUUAAGCUGGAUGGUGGAGGACAUCGGCAUGAGGUGCACAACUCAUGGCUGGCAAAAGCCCGCCAAGAGGAAGAGACCGGCACCAAGCGGCGCUUAUAUCACCCUCCCCCGGCUGCUUUUUUCCAUAGGUUUUACGAGAGGCAUGAGCAGUACCCGAUGGGUGUCGCUGAUGUCGUUGGGUACUGGAGCGAGGGGAGAAUCUUUGGGGGCGUUGUUGUCUUUGAUCGCGGAGAGAGUGAGCAAGAGUGUAAAGAUAUGUGGAUCCACGGCAUUCUUGCCAAAGGCCCGCGGACCUUGUACCCGCCCACGAAAGAGCAGUUUGAAGCGUUGGUGGCCUUCCUUUUGGCAGACCUGUCGUCUGGUCUCCACGUCGAUUGCCCCCUCCCCAUUCACGGGACCCGACUGAACCGGCCUCGCUGGGAUCCAUGGCUCUCGAUGCGUUUCCACAUAUUCAGAGACCGAUACGAGCGGGUCAUCCCGGCUCGGCCGCCGCCGCACCGCGUGACCCACACCUUUACCCACUGGCCCGAACUUGAGGACCAGUGGGUCAUAACGGAGAUGGAUAUGAGGAGAGAAUCAGGACAGCCUGUGGACAAAGAGGUAUUGAAGAGGGCUUACGAAGGCCUGACUCUCUUGACGCCGUCGUCGCUUCUAUGGCGGCCACGCAUACCCGAAUAUACUCAUGAAGGCUGCUGA